ACGGUAAUCGGGGCCGUUUCCUUCGCCGGCGUGGGGCGAUCCGGGGCUCUCAGAAUUCGUGUUCGCGCGAUCUCGCCCUCGCCUCCUUCGCGCCAGAGCGGGUUCGCAGGCUCCCGAGUCCUUCCGGUCCCCGCAGCCAGCUUCUCGCCGCAGUGCGACUCUCAGGGCCAAAAUGAGCCUGUUUGGAACAACCUCGGGUUUUGGAACCAGCGGCACCAGCAUGUUCGGCAGCACCGCCACGGACAACCACAACCCCAUGAAGGAUAUUGAAGUAACAUCCUCUCCUGACGAUAGCAUUGGUUGUCUAUCUUUUAGCCCACCCACCUUGCCGGGGAACUUUCUCAUUGCAGGAUCGUGGGCUAACGACGUUCGCUGCUGGGAAGUUCAGGACAGCGGACAGACGAUCCCGAAAGCCCAGCAGAUGCACACCGGGCCGGUGCUCGCCGUCUGCUGGAGCGACGAUGGGAGUAAAGUAUUUACGGCCUCCUGUGAUAAAACUGCCAAAAUGUGGGACCUGAACAGCAAUCAGGCGAUUCAGAUCGCCCAGCACGACGCGCCUGUGAAAACGAUCCAUUGGAUCAAAGCGCCGAACUACAGCUGUGUGAUGACCGGCAGCUGGGACAAGACUCUGAAGUUCUGGGACACGCGCUCGUCCAAUCCCAUGAUGGUCCUGCAGCUGCCGGAGCGCUGUUACUGCGCCGACAUGAUAUACCCGAUGGCUGUGGUGGCGACCGCGGAGAGGGGCCUGAUCGUCUACCAGCUGGAGAACCAGCCCUCAGAGUUCAGGAGGAUAGAGUCUCCCCUGAAACAUCAGCAUCGCUGUGUGGCCAUCUUCAAAGACAAACAGAACAAGCCGACGGGGUUCGCCCUGGGGAGCAUCGAGGGCAGAGUGGCCAUUCACUACAUCAACCCCCCAAACCCAGCCAAAGACAACUUCACCUUUAAAUGUCACCGAUCUAACGGAACCAACACUUCAGCUCCUCAGGACAUCUAUGCGGUCAAUGGCAUCGCCUUCCACCCUGUGCACGGCACCCUGGCCACUGUGGGGUCCGACGGUCGGUUCAGCUUCUGGGACAAAGAUGCCAGGACAAAGCUGAAAACCUCGGAACAGUUAGAUCAGCCCAUCUCGGCUUGCUGCUUCAAUCACAAUGGAAACAUAUUCGCAUACGCGUCAAGCUACGACUGGUCCAAGGGCCAUGAAUUUUAUAAUCCCCAAAAGAAAAAUUACAUUUUCCUGCGGAACGCAGCUGAAGAGCUAAAACCCAGAAACAAGAAGUAGUGGCGGAGAUUCCUGGGGUGUCUGGAGUUGUUUUCUCUCCAUCUCCCUUCUCUGUGUAUGAAUCUGGGCCCAGCCUUCGGUGGGUUGUGAACCAUGGAUGUGGAUUUCAACCCCUGGGGAAAACAACGCCAUUGUCUCGCAGCUGGGCCCGCGCAGGCCACAGUUGACUGCUGGACUCAUUCCACUGCCCAUUCCAGGUGUCCUCUGUGACUCCACGGGGACUGAGGUCAUUGUCAAAGUUAGAGUGAUGCGGGCCCAGCCAGCUAGCGUGCAGUGCUUCGUUCAGCAGCGUGUGUUCCAGAGACACUGGGGGCCGUUUUAUGAACGCUGUACUGUACUUUGUAAUAAAACAUUUUGAAGAUCGCCUCCUAAGCUCCCUGUGUCCAUCACCCCCUUUGCCUGCCUGCCCCCCUGGGGAAGCCCUGGCGUGGUCCUUCCUCUUCAGCAUCGCCGCAGGGUUUUCAUUCGUGACUUCAGACACCCUUCGGGAAACCAGAGAUCUUGCACCUUCGGAAAGAUGGGGAUCCUGGGUUGCAGAUGACUCUCCCAAGGGGGAUGUCUAGCAACCGCCUCUCCCAGCGUGGGCAGGCAGAGAGUGGACGCGUUCUCCUUGUCUUUCAUUCCCGUCUUAAUGUCCCAGCAGUUGCGGCUCUGCUGGGCAGCCCUCGUGGCUGAACUGGGGACAGGCCUUUCUGGGCAAGGCCUGAGUGGGCGCUGUGUGUGGCUGGCAAGGCAGGAGCCCAGUUCCCCGCAUGGGAAGUGCUCUUGACUCACGCCCCCCAGUAGUGGUAGUUUUGGGGUACUUUUCUAUUUUGUGUAAUUUAACAUUCCCGAUGGGUAAGUAUGAAAUGA